GGAACUUAAGACGUCCUGUGCACACUCCCAGGCCGCAUAAGCCCUUUUGCUUUGCCGAACUCCAGUUGCCACUUGCCUCGUAGCAUGAACCUCGACCGCCCUUCCUACAUCUACGUCGCCAACCUCGGCGGCGCCUUGCGGCAGAUCGCGAUCACGACGAGCAUGCAGUUCUUCACCUCGGCCAAGGACCUCGCGACGCCCAUCGUGUUUCAUGUGACGACGACGCCCGAGCUGCUCCUGCACACAGCGCUCGACUACCUGCGCGCAGCCGGCACGACACUCUUUGGCAGCGACGGCAACAUGUACUAUGCGUCGACGACGACCGACGCGCACGUCCGCGCCAUGAUCUUUGCCACGGACAAGAGCUUCAGUCGCAUGCCAACCCAUCGCUUGGAGCCUGCCCUGUCGAUGCUCACGGUGCGCCAUGGCGCCGAGACGUACUGCGUGCCACUGCCGCGGUCGUACGCCGCCUGUCUCGCCGAACUGCCGGUUGCGCCGACCAAGCUUGCCUACAUGCACGACGGCGUCCUCUGCACGGUCUUCUCGGAAGGCUCGUACGAGGCGUUCCUCCAGCGCAACAUUGACGAGAUCACCAUGGAGUCGUCGACGACGCAGGUCGAGAGCGUCAUUGUCAUGUGAAUACCGCCGUUGCCUACCACAUGACGGGC